GGCUUCUCUUUCCCCAAAUAGCAAGUUAGCAAUGUGUGCCUUUGAUAUAUUUUGUUGCAUUCUCUCAAUCCUGAGAUGACAUGAUUCCGAGUUCUUGGAUAAUAAUGACGACGACGACGGCGACGGCGGUGAUGAUGAUGAUGAUGAUGUAAGACGAAUCUUCAAGGGGCUGAAGGGAAAUCCUGCCCGCAAGACGUGAAGAAGAUAAGAUAAUUGAUGACUAAUAUGCAUGCUGACGCCGAUCUUCUCAUGGCAACAACUGAUGAUACUUCUUCAAAGUACGACUCCAGCAACCAUAUCUCCGUGAAACACUUGACCUUACUUUCAAUAUCGAUACCGCCCACCGCCAUGAGUUUCGCCUUCUCAUUGAAUUGCCGACAUGAAACUCGGCCUUGAACCCAUUUCCCGAGUCCCAAGACCGUCAGAAACGCUCGAGCUUAAAGAAGAUAUUGAAGAAAUCUUCCCAUGUUCAUGUCUCAUACCCACUUUUGACACCUUCCACGAUUUUGCUCCACAUCUUUGACGAUCUUACCACCAAAGAGUCAUCCAAUUGGCGGAUAUAAGAACAUAGGAGAUCCUACCGCAACAUCCGCGGUCUACUUUAUAUCAAUCCGCGCUCUCAAGAUUGGCAGAUCUGUGGCUAGUUUCUCACUUCCCGACCUUCUGAGCGCGAAAGGAUGAAUAUAAGAGAGACGCAUGUACUCGUUGGACAUAUCGGGAUAAUACUCAACUAACACGAUCGAUCUGUGAACUCCGCCGAAAGCCACAUACCGGUACCAUGGUUGCCAUACAUACUUUUCACAGUCACAAAUCUGAAACCGAUCCCGUUAAUCGCCCGACGGAUCAAAUCUCCACCGAUAUGGAUCAGAAUACUUCGGCUGGGGCAUCUAUCAAAUCAAAGGAAGAAAAAUUAUCGGGUAAUGAUUCUGACAUUAUUGCCGAAGAACUUCCUCAGGUUGCUCCGAAUCCUCUUGCCGAUAUUCCAAAUGGAGGAGUGGUUGCAUGGCUUCAGGUGGUUGGGAGUUUCUUCUUAUUCUUUAACUCAUGGGGCAUAGUGAAUAUGUUUGGUGCAUUCCAGACUUUUUAUGAAACUGAUUUACUAUCUCAUGAAUCACCAUCUAAUAUUUCAUGGAUCGGUUCUAUACAAGCUUUCUUGCUCUUACUUGUGGGAGUCUUCACUGGUCCUCUGUUCGAUGCCGGUCUCUUCCGUCCUCUUCUAUGUACUGGAACAUUUAUGGUUGUCUUCGGUAUGAUGAUGACAUCUAUCUCCACAAGCUACUGGCAAAUUGUGCUUGCACAAGCUAUGUGUAUGGGAAUUGGAUUGGGAUGUCUCUUUGUUCCUAGUGUCGCGAUCGUUUCCACUUACUUCUCAACACGGAAAGCUUUCGCAACUGGAAUAGCGGCUAGUGGAAGUUCACUUGGUGGCGUAAUUUACCCAAUUAUCUUCCAUAACCUUCAACCUAAAAUCGGCUUUGGCUGGACAACAAGAGCCCUUGGAUUUAUUUUCCUCGCUACCCUUUCCAUCUCCAUCAGCAUAAUGAAGAUGCGUGUGAAGCCAUCGCAAAAGCGUAAGCUCAUAGAUCUGGGCGCAUUCAAGGAACGACCAUACCUGCUCUUUACCAUCGGCCUCUUUUUCGGGUUCAUGGGUCUCAAUAUUCCCUUUUACUACAUCUCAUCCUACGCCAUAAAUGAAAAUAUCAUGAAUUCAAACUCGGCAUUCUAUAUGUUGAGUACCAUUAAUGCGGCAUCUAUCUUUGGUCGUAUUAUUCCCAACUACUUUGCAGACAAAUUCGGACCCUUGAAUAUCAUCAUACCAGGAACGCUCAUCGCAAGUGUUGUGGCAUUCGGCUGGACUGGUGUUCAUUCUGUUGGCGGUCUGGUCGUAUUCGCCAUUCUCUACGGCUUUUCCACAGGAUGUUUCGUAUCAAUUCCACCCACGGUCAUCGUAUCGCUUAGCCCUCACAUGGGCGUCGUAGGCACGAGAAUGGGUAUGGCCUUUGCGAUUGGUGGAUUGGGUCUUUUGGUUGGUACACCGGUUGCUGGACAGAUCCUCUCGAGUUCCGGAUAUGUUCCUACAAUAGCAUUUUGUGGAGCAUUGCUUAUUGCAACAGUGGCUUUCUUUAUUGCAGCCAGAUUGAGCAAAACUGGGAUGCAUGUGAAGAAGUUCGCUUGAUUUAGGAGAAGAUACUAUGGGAUAUGUACGAGAAAAGUGGACGAGCACUACGAAUUAUAGAAUAUCAUGGAAAUGAGCAUUAAAAAAGCGGCCGGACGUUACCAUAGAUUAAUGACUUGUAAAAUAGAUUUCGGGGUGGCGCUGGUUUGAAGAAAUAUAUACACAACUAUCCA